AUGUUCAACAUUGACUGGAAGGGCCUUGCCCUCCCCUUUGCCUAUGUUCUCGUCCUCGGCAGCGCACUCAUGACAUUCUCGACAAUCUACCGAAAAAGAAAAGCUGCCGAGAGCGCCAACUUGGCUCCGUGGUUCGGCCCUCACCUCCAGCGCAACGUCUACCUGUCCCUGCUACACCUCGAGGACGGCUCCGAAAAGGGCCCCAAGAUCCCCGAAAGCGUCCUACGAGCUGCCCUUUUGCGUCGCGCCGUCGAAGAUAUCCGUCGCCUGAUCCAGAUCAAGUCUGCGAAGCAAGCAUGCGGUUCUCUGCUGCAACGAGGCAGUGUGGGUGAUGAUCUGUGGCAGCGAUUCCAGCGCGCCGAGAAGGAGAUGGAGGAGGAGCUCAGAGAUGUCGUCACAGAGGCCAACGCUCUCGCGCCAAACUGGGGACAGUCCAUCUUCCAAUCCGCCCACGAAAUGACGGCCAAUGCUACCAUGCGCAGCUCGAUCGAAGAGAUCCUCGCCCAAGCCGAGUCAGAGAAGCAGUGGUGGGAGAAGCGCCGAGGCCAGAUCCAGUCAGAGUUCAUGAAGGAGCUCGACGGCUCUGAGCAGAGCUCUUCUGCCAAGACUGCUAGCGAGGAGGAUGCUGUCAUGGUCGACACGCCUUCAAAGAAGAAGGGCAAGAAAUAA